AUGGCUACGGGCGGGCGGCCCGGACGCAGUAGAGGAGCUGAGGCGGUCCCAGAGACCCGCUGCAUCCGCCCCGCCCCCGGACGCCCCCACCCCUCCGCCCGGGUGGCGCGCUGCGUGGGCGCGUCCCGUGUACGUAAUCUGGAAAAACCCGGAGAUCCCGAGGGAUGCCAUGACCGGGCCGUCCUUCUGUACGAGUAUGUAGGCAAGCGGAUCGUAGACCUGCAGCACACGGAGGUCCCUGAUGCCUACCGCGGGCGUGGCAUCGCCAAGCACCUGGCCAAGGCUGCCCUGGACUUUGUGGUGGAGGAGGACCUGAAGGCCCACCUCACCUGCUGGUACAUCCAGAAGUACGUCAAGGAGAACCCACUGCCGCAGUACUUGGAACGCCUGCAGCCAUGACCCUGGCAGGCGGGAGCGCCCCCUGCUGGCCUUCCACACGGACCCCACCCAGCUGUGUGCUCUCAGGACCCUGCUCCCCCUGGGACCAGGCUCAGAGUUAUUUUUGUAAGGACGGUCAGCUGCAGACCUAUAUCUGGGUUCCUGGGGCUGCUGGCAAAGGAUUCAGAGCGAUCCAGGGACCCAGGCAAAUUGCAGGCCAGCAGCUGUGGUCCCUACAGAGCUUCUCAGAGGCCUUCUGCCCUGGCCAAGCAGGAUCCCUGCUCCUUGAUCAGCAGAGGCCAGGGUGGGGCCCGGGCACCACUUCCUGGGCUGUGUCUUUCCUACAAGUGAGGAGGAUGCUCUCACUGGAGCCAAGAGGAGCAACAAGAAAACCUCGUGUGCCAACUCCAAGGGUGGUAGCGCCGAGCUUCACCUGCGCCAGCGCUGCCUCUUCUUCUCAGACCUCAGUGCCCUGGCCCAGCAGUGUAGACAUGGCGGAGGGUGACACUCCCUCACAUGGGAGAUAAAGUAGUGGACGGAGCUCUGGCUCAACAUACACAUGAACAUACGUGAACACAUGUGCAGGAGGUGGAGACAGACUAGGGGGCAGUGAAUGUCUUCCUUUCCUUGGUACCGUCAUCUAUUACCAUCUUCUGUAUCAGCUCUGUAGGAAACCUUGGUCCCUGUCCCAGCUCCCUCUGGGCCUGACAGGCAUUGCAGCAUCCCUGCAUUCUCUGGCUGUUUUUUUUUUUUUUUCUUUUGGCCAUCCCUACCUGGGUUUUCUCAGCGGGAUUGCCUUGGAACUGGGAGAGGGAGGGAGACGCACCAUCUUGCAUCACCCAAAAGGAAGAAGCAUGUCAGCCCAAGGGAUCUCUUUGCUACCAUCAGAUGUUAGAGCACCUGUGGCGAGCACAUUCUGUUCCCUGACUUGACUUCAGACCCUUCUCCUACCCACUGCCCUUGGUGACAACCUGGGCAAUGCACCAAACUCACCUUGGUGCUAUGGGACCUGCCCAGCGGGGCCUAGUGGUGUCUCUGUAGAGGCUGCUCAGGUCUCUGAGGUCUGACCUCGUGCCCUGCCCCCUAUAGAGGUCAAAUCUGAUCCUGCUCUCAAGGGCUGGCAGAGGACCCCAGGAGCUAAGGUCCCUUACAGGUUGCAGUACCAGUAGUCAAUCCCUGGGGGUGAAUUACACCUUCCAAGAUUGAGGGCACCCGAGGCUGGGCUCUUGUUCCCAGAGGCUGCUGGGACAUCCUAUGUCUCCCUCUCCCAGUACAGGGGCUCAGGGAAGUAGAUGCUGGGAUACUGGUCACCUGGGGAGUGGCAUACCCCAGGACCUCUGGCCUUUUUGCUGUUGCCUAUCUGGGCUUUCUCGGGUCACCUUGGGACUAGGGGUAGGAGGGAGGUCCAUUGUCAUCCAAACCUCCAUGGUAACCCCUCUCUUUGGUGUUGGGUUAGCCUGGAAGUGACGUUUCCACUCACCUCCUCACUCUCCAAUCUCAGCUUCAAGACCCCCACUCUCUCCCCAGCUAUAGCCACUCAGGGGCCCAUACACCUGCACAGAUACCCUCCCACACCCAGAUCUGCACCAAGAGGCCUGUGGGUCCCUGAGCCCCACCACUGUGAGUCACUGGCUUGGGCCAGCAUGGUUGCCUUCCCAAGCACCCCACUGCAUCCUAGCCUAGCCCGACUGUCCCCCCAAACCUGAGAUUGCAUGCUGGGUUCUGACCACAGGUGACUCCUGUGGUGGGCCUGCGUCCAUAACACAGUACUUGAAGAAGGGACCUUGGGCCUGGGAAAAGCAGCAGGGGCUUCCUCAGUGGGUUUGUCCCAAGUUCCUGCGGGGGUGACCUAGACAUCCUCACCGCCUCGGCUGCCUUAAAGUCCCACUGAUACCAUUCUGGGGGCUCCACAGGGCUGUGCUGGCCUGAUCUGGUUAUUGAAGUGGCAGUAACCACAAGUCCUGGUCACCCUGGAGCCCAGCCCCAUCUCAGCCCACACUGCCCAACCUGGUCCCUCUGGUGCUACCCGCCCCCCC